GUUCAAGUAAUCCAAAUAAUCUAUUACAUCGUCGUUUAAUCAAAUCACCAUCUAAUUCUACUUUAUCAGAUUCCACUUCUACUUCUACUUCCACUUCGAACACCAACCAAACCACCACCCAAGCAUCGCCCAACAAUCUAACUAAUAUCAUCACUAAUUUCCAUCAAUCUCAUCCCGAUCUUCAAUCUCAUCCUACGGUCUUACGUACCUUACAUUACUUAUCAGGUCCUUCUCCAUACGAAGGUUUAAUUACUCCUAUCAAAUCAAGUUUUGAAGAAGACGAAGAUUUGUCGAACAAGAUGAUUAGACCAUCAGAAGAUUUAUUACAUCCUCCUCAUGAUGAUCGGUUUACAGAUCAACCAACAAGAUCAAGACCUCAUUUACCAAGUCGAGCUAAAUCAUCUGCACAACUCAAUGAAGAACGUUUCGGUCCUGAUCCAUUAGGAUUCGAUUCUAAAACAAAUACGCCUAAUCCUCAUUCAACUCCUCCUCCACCUUAUGAUUUACUUCCUUCUCAUUUCGGUUCGACGGCUGGUGUGACCUUUCCUUCUACUCCAAGAGGUGGUCCAUUACCAGAACAAACAUUCAGACGUCAAGUCCGUUUGUUCAUGUUACAAACCGUUUCUGCUAUCGUUUCGAAUAGUUUUUUAAUGGUUAUUGUUACCUAUGGUUUGAUGGUCAGAGGAUUUCAUAGUCUAUCUGCUGUUCUCUUUGACAAAACUCCAAAGUUUAAACCAAGAGUAUGGGACGAUUAUCAGAAAUGGAAGAAUGAAAGAGUGACCAAAGAUGUUCAUUAUUAUGCUGAAAGUGCAGGUUAUAAGAUUGUAGAACAAACUGUUGAAACAUUAGAUGGAUAUUAUCUAAAGGUUUGGAAAGUCAUUGUGCCACAUCGUCCUGAGAUACAUUUACCCGAUGGGAAAGGUGGGUAUCCGGUUUUGAUCCAACAUGGUCUGUUUCAAAGUUCAGGUAGUUUUGUGACUUCGGAAGAACGUAGUCUUGCUUUUUGGUUAGCUGAACAUGGUGGUUAUCAAGUUUAUAUGGGUAAUAAUCGUGGAGUCUUUGAUAUGGGACAUCGUAGACUCAAAAGAAACGAUCCACGAUUCUGGGAUUACAAUAUCAAAGAACUAGCACUCUAUGAUCUACCAGCCCUAGUAGCCCACGUCUUGACCGAAACUGGUCAUCCGAAACUAGCCUUCAUGGGACACUCACAAGGAAAUGCGACGAUGUUCUGUUCAUUAGCUCAAGGAAUGGUCCCCUCCCUAUCGACGAAACUUUCAUGUUUUAUUGCAAUGGCCCCAGCCGUUUAUGCUGGUCCAUUGACCAAUGGAUUUCCAUUUGGAUUGUUAAAAUCCAUGAGAUGGAGAACUUGGAGAAGAGUCUUUGGGGUUUUGGAUUUUAUGCCGAUCAUGAGAUUAGCUGUGGAUUAUUUACCUGGUCAUCUUUUUGGUUUCUUUGGUUAUCAAAUGUUUGCUUAUCUGUUUAAUUGGACUGAUGCUAAUUGGUUACUGAGAAGAAAGAUAAAGAUGUUCAGAUUCACUCCUAGUCCUGUCUCCUCUGCUGGAAUCUUUUGGUGGACUGGUUAUCAAGGGUUUUCAACUCGUGGUUGUGUUCUGGAUCCAGAAGUAGAAAGGUGGUGGGAUGAUCGAUUCCCUCCUUUGGCUCUUUACCACGGUGGUCAAGAUUUCUUGGUUUUGGCUCAACCUUUACUUGAUCGAUUGAAAACUAACGAGAAGAGUGUUAGGUUGAUUCGAGAUUACAAGUUGGAUGAAGGAGAACAUUGUGAUCAUUUCUGGCAUGCAGAUGCAGUUGAAUUAUGUUUUCAUCGUUUCAUCGAGGAUAUUGAAAGUACAAGAGAUGAUAAGAGAGAAAUAGUCAAAGAUCCAGUCCAAGCUAUCUUGGUGGAUCCUUUAACUCAUCUUGAUCAUCCGAUUACUGAUUUAAUUGAUUUGAGUUCGACUGAUCAUAUGGAUGAUACUGAUCAAGAAAGAGAUCGAACUCAAGCUCCUAUUCUUGGAAUGACUCGUGAUGUUUGAAAGUGAAAUGAUUUUGAAUCGGAUUCCAUUCAUUUUUAACUUUUCUUGACUUUUCUCUGUUAGAUAAACUCUGUGUUUUCCUUCGUUUUAAUCUUUGCAAUGCUCUUAUGUUGUAACGUAUGAUCUAACGUAAUCUUUCCCUUUUCUCUUUUUUCUCUUCGUUUACUCGUGCAUGGUACAUUAUUUUGUUUGCUUAUGAUUUAUUUAUUAUUAAUUUGAUUUUUUUUUUGGUUUUUCCACUUGACGAUUUAAUUCAUGAUAGUUUUUUCUUCAAUUUUUUUUUGUCGAACAAAAAAAAACGGUUUGAACUUAAUCAUUAUAUAAUAUUAGAUUUGUAAAUUGCAAGAUUAAAACACACACACUCACACACUUUGUAGCUUGUUUUUUUGUUUUAUCUUUUUUAUUUUUAUUUAUUUUUUUGAAUUGGAAAGAGUAUUUACUCUUUGAGGUUCCCUUUUUUUACAUUAAUUUUUAUUUAAGAGAUUUUAUUCGCAUUUGGUUAGAUGAAAUGCCUGUUUGUUUAUGUAUUUGAGAUGAUGAUCAAGAAAUGACUAUAUUUAUGAUUUUGGUGUGGUUUAAA